GUGAACAUGUUCCGCAUCUCUCGUCCGUCACCCUCUCCAGAGGAAGUUUAUUCAUCCAGUCUUGCGACGCUUCACUUGGGCCACGCCCUCUUGUAUCCGGAGCCGCACAAAUCAGGAGAGCCGCAGAUCGGCGACGUAGGCUUCUUCCACCAUGGAGCAUUCGUCAGGCUCUUCAACCUAGAUACCUCUUCGCCCGAGAAGAAGGUUACAUUCUGGCCGACACCGUUCGAGAACAUAGAGCCCUUGCCUCCGGGCGUGCUCCACAUCGAUUCUAGGCGUCUUCCAUUUGUUCCUGGUCAUUAUUGCAGCCAUGGAGUUGAGAGAAGGGAAGUUAAUGCCUCAGCGGACGUGACGGCCGGCGUUGCAAGCAUAUCCUACAACCCAAGUGCCGAGUACACGUGCAAGGCGGCGAAGGGUGCGGUCCUCACGCUCAGGAGUGAGGCAUACAUCGAGAAGAUAUUUGGUAAUAAUCUUCUCGAGAAGUACAUCCUCAGAAACCACGACAAUUGGUAUGCAUAUGUCAAGAAUAUUGCACUCCAGGAUGUCGAGCGAGAGGACCUCGUCUUUGUCAGCGGCUGGGUUAAGACCACAGCGGACUGGAUGAUAACCAUUUUUCAAGGCACGAACACGCACAGCAGAAGAAGCCCGGAGAUAAGCCGACACGGCGAAGGCUACUUAGGAGACCCGCUCGGGGAGACGAAGAGACACCAAUGUUUGUUUGUGAGCGGCUACAAAGUACGACGCAGGUUUGGAGUGGUGCGAGACGUCGCCUCGAUUGAUUAGGACCAACCACUAGCAAAGCAUGCGGGACCUUCAAAAUAAUUAUGGAGCGGGUCAGCUACAAUGAACCUGUCUGUUUCGCGCUUUGAGGCUCAAAGACCAAAUUGAGACCAGUUCUUUGAUGUGCAGAGCGCAGCUAGUUGCAUGAGGUUACAGUUGACACACUAUGGACGCUGUUGUAUAUGAUUUUCUCGUGUCUAUCAGAAUGUACCCGAGUCUUCGAUAGUUAGGCAAAAU